CCCGCCCCGGCAGCGCGGCCUGUGCGGAGCGGCCGCGGCCAUCCCCGGGCCGGGCAGGUGGAGCCUUUUCCUCCAGGAUGGCAUCGAGGCUGGCUCCCAAAGUGAGUUCCAAGCAGGGAGGAUCCCCAUGUGAGGAGAAGCAGGUGGUCCUGCUCAGCCCCCUGGGCAGGAUCGAGAUCUGGGGCUGUGAGAAGGGCGUGCAUGAAAUCAAACUUCCCAAAAGGAGCCUGCUGCCAGCGGGGGCAGAGCCCUCGGGGGGCUGCGAGGUGAGCGAGGGCUCCGAGGAGCUGCCGGAGCCCCUGCGGCAGUGCAGGGCCUGGCUCCGAGCCUACUUCUGGGAGCCAGCCAGCACAGGGACCCUGCCCGUGCCAGCCUUCCACCACCCGCUGCUCCAGAGAGAUUCCUUCACCAGGCAGGUGCUGUGGACCCUGCUGAAUGAUGUCAAGUUUGGGGAGGCUGUUUCCUACAAGCAGCUGGCAGAUCUUGCUGGCAACAGCCGGGCAGCCCGCGCCGUGGGGGGAGCCAUGAGGAGCAACCCGAUCCCCAUCAUCAUCCCGUGCCACAGGGUGAUCCGCAGCAGCGGGGACAGCGGGAACUACGGCGGGGGACAGCCGAUGAAGGAGUGGCUGCUGUCCCACGAGAAGCUGCAGAAGGAGAAGCUGGCGCAUGGAGGGAGCUGCUGACCAGGCUGGGCACACAACCACGGCUUGGAAGGAGCUCUGUCUCUCAGAGCACCCAGCAGAAUUCAGGGAAAUGGUAAAUAUUUGAGUGACACAUAAAUAUAAUGCAGCAUCCAGAGUGAAAUGUGUGGUGGCACGGCUGUAUUAAAAAAGCGGGAUGCGUCCUGGGGGAGGCAGCUCGCCUGCCCUUUCUUGUUUUUACAUUUUACAGCAGAAUGACUACAGCGAUCCAGGCCUGUUGUGCGUGGAUUCUGUUCCCAUCUCCAGCCCUGUUUUGUUCUAUUUUUAAUGUCCAUUAAAGCAGGGAUAAGGGAGUGGGAGGGACGUGGCAAGUGCGAGGUGGAAGCUUCCCCCUGAGGAGGCGUCUGGCUCGCGGCGAGUGGCCCAGCCUGGCACGCCGGGCCCUGCCCGCCCCUGCCCAGCUCCCCCUCCCCAGUUUGGGACAGAAAAUGGUUUUUUUACCUGAGCAGGAGUUAAAGGAGCACAGUGAAAUCUGUGCACAAGCAGGCAGCUGCUGAAUUCCUUACUCCUGCCUUUUCUUUUUGGACAGGGAGAUGGGAAUUUUUGGUUUUUUGCAUAGAGGACAGAAGAGAUGAUCCUGACAAAUUCUGUAUUUUGGAUAAGCAGCUUGACUAGCCAAAUUUGGCAAAAUAUUGAAAAGCUCAUCGUAGCUGUUUCCUUAUCAGCAGCAUAUUCCUUUAUCAUUUGAGUUUUCCUUCAGAUUUCCAUGUUUCUCUGUUUUCCAAAGCCUUAUUUCCUGUAGCCUCUCCAUUGGAAGGAUUCAAGAGACAUUAAAGUUAAAUUUUGAGGUGGUUUUAGCAGGGUUCUCUGCCAGUACGAGCCACCAGAAGCUGAAAUUUCCAGUAUGGGAAUCGUAAAUUGUAACAUGGAAAUACUGAUUUUUUUAUGUGUUUUAUCAUAUUUUCAUGGGUGUCUCUUUAGAAAGGCCAUUGCUGCCCCCCCAGAAUUGUUGUGUGGCAGUGUGUUAGUUAAUCCAGGAUUAUUGAUACCUCGGAAUUUCUUCAAUAAAAAAACUGCUUUGCAUGUGC